UUAAUAAUUUUGUCUUAUGGGUCCCACAAAUGCAAAAUACCAAAAAGUCAAAAUUACCCUCAUACAAACAAAGUUAAACCAUUUCAAUCUUCACUUACUUCAUUUUAAGUUGAAAAAAUCUAGUAAAUCAUCUUCAUUUUUAAUUUAUUUUUUCUUACACAUUUAAAGUUGAAAAACCCUAAAUUCACCCAUCUUAUUCUUCCCCCUUUUUUUUUUCUCCAACUCAAAAAAACCAAACUCAAAAGAAGCCCAUUACCUAACCAAAAAAACCUUCCCAAAAAAAGAAAAAAAAAAUUUACCCACAAAAAAAAAAAAAAACCCACUUUUUUCACAAAAAACUCAACUUUUUAUUUAUUUAUAAAACAAUUAAAUAAAAACAGUUUCCCUUCCCCUUUUUCUGGGCUGUAAAUUCAGAUGUUGGGAAAUUCAGAAAUGCAAGAAAUUUCAUUGGAGAGGCGGGAAAAUGAAGUGGGUAAGUUAGAGAAAGUGAAAGAAUGCAUUGAGGAGAGAGAAAAUGAGAAAGUGAAGGAAAAUAAUGGUGUUUUAAUUGCAGUUGCUGAAGUUGAGAGUAAUUCCGCAGCAAAUAGAUGGCCACAGCAAGAAACUAUGGCUUUACUUAGGAUAAGGUCAGAGAUGGAUGUUGCAUUUCGUGAUUCUGGGUCUAAAGCUCCUCUUUGGGAUGAAGUUUCUAGGAGGAUGACUGAGCUUGGAUAUCAGAGAAGUGCCAAAAAAUGUAAGGAGAAAUUUGAGAACAUAUACAAGUACCACAGGAGACUUAAAAAUGGCUCAUAUGGUCAGACAAAUAAAAAGACAUAUCGGUUUUUUGAUCAGCUAGAAGCUCUAAGUCACCAUCAGAUCUCUUUCCAAACUUCUUCUUCUGAGCCGACAGAUACUUUUAUGAAUGACAAGCCAUUUGUUGUGUCUCCCAUCUCAAGCCACCCCCAAUGUGUACCUCAAAUGGCCAUGCCCACUUCAGUAAACUUCGAUUCUUUCACCAUUUCAACAUCCACGGCUUCCACUUCAGGAAGUGAAUCUGAGGGUGCUCGGACAAAAAAGAGAAAAUGGGCAGAUUUCUUUGAUACACUAAUGAAAUCUGUGCUUCAGAAACAAGAGGCCUUGCAGAAUAAUUUCCUGGAAGCAAUAGAUAAAUGUGAGCGUGAUAGGCAAGCGAGGGAAGAGGCCUGGAAAAUGCAAGAAAUGGUUAGAAUCAAGAGGGAACAGGAGCUCUUGACUCAAGAGAGGUCAAUAUCAGCAGCAAAGGAUGCAGCCAUACUUGCGUUCUUGCAGAAGAUUUCUGAGCAAGGAAAGUGUCCUGGAAUUUCUGGGCCAAUGCUAGAAAAUGUGAGUCAAGAGAUGAGCAUCAUAUGUCAAAAAGAAAAAGAUAAUGGUGAAAAUUCCUCUUCACGGUGGCCAAAGGAAGAAGUUGAAGCGUUGGUAAAGAUUAAAACUAAUAUGGAGUUGGAAUUCCAAAGAGUCGGACCAAAGGGACCUAUGUGGGAAGAAGUUUCGUUUGCAAUGAAAAACUCUGGCUAUGAUCGGAAUGCUAAAAGGUGCAAGGAGAAAUGGGAGAACAUAAACAAGUAUUAUAGGAGAGUGAAAGACAGCAACAAGCAAAGGCAUGUUGAUUCUAAAACUUGUCCGUACUUUCACCUCCUUGAUCAACUGCAUAAUCUGAAGACUAAGAAGCUGGAUAAUAACAAAUCAGAAAAUUCUGCUAAUAACUUAAGACCAGAAGAGCUCCUGCUACACAUGAUGAAUAAUCAUCCAAGGCAGCAGCAGCAGCAGGAACAGGUAGUUUUACACCGAGAACAAGGUGAAUCGAUUAUGCUAAAUGGCAAGUCUAAUCAUAAUGAACAGACUGGUAAUGAAGACACAGAAGAUCAUUAUCCAGUUCAUAAUUCUUUGCCUGUGAAUGCUGUCGAAUAAAGACAUCUGGUUGGAUUUGUGUAAUUGAAAAUCCAAGGAAGCAUGUGGUUGUGUAUAAGAAUCACUUAGUACUGUUGUGUUUGUACAAGAAAGUGUGACGUCUUCGUUGGUGAUCGUCAUUUGGCGAGUAUAUAGAUGUAAUAGAGUAUAGACUAUAGAGUCCAGGAAAGCAAUGUAUAAUCUUUGUGUAGCAAACUAUACUUUUUACCUCAGCUGUACUAGUUUUGGGCAGUCUUAGUCUUUUUUUUUUUUUUGUAGGAAAGUCUUAAGAGUCUAAAUUUGGUGAUUAUUGUAGUGUCUUGUUUGUUUGGAGCAAUAAAAAGUGUGAAAAAAAGGUCCUUUCUCGUUCA